AUGGAGUCCGGGCCAAGUAGUAAGCAGGUCAACGCGAUACACCAGCGUGGCCGUGGACAUCGGGGUCGUGGUCGUGGUCGCUCCAAUACAUACUCCGAACAUACACGAGGUCGCGGUCAGAGUCAACAUUCCCGUGGGCAUAGAGGAGGUGUCCGACCUGAUACCAAUCAGUGUGGGAACUGCAGUAACAAUAAGAAUCAUCAACGUUGCCCUGCUGUCGGACAAGUUUGCAAAAAAUGGAACAAAGUAAACCACUUCGAUAAAGUGUGCAGGUCUUCAAAACAUAAGACUAUAAACUUUACGGAGACAACACCAAAACCAGAACAUCAAAGUGACGAGCAGUACCCUCCCCUUUUCGAUGGCAAGAUGGGCAAGAUCGAGGGGACGAAGGUGAAGCUCCACAUUGACAAGGAGAUGCCUCCAGUUUCGCAGCGUCAUAGACGUAUUCCCUUUCAUGCACGUAAGGAUGUUGAGGCAGAGCUCAAGCAUCUUGAGGACCUCGACGUAAUUGAACCGGUUUCAGGACCGACCCCUUGGGUCAGCCCAGAUGUUAUUGUCCCCAAAAAGUCUAAGGGUGUCCGCGUCUGCAUCGACAUGACGGAGGCCAACAAGGCCAUCUCACGAGAGAAACACCCUAUGCCAACGGUCGAAGACCUGAUGGCUGAUCUUAACUCUUCUGUUGUUUUCAGCAAACUUGACCUUUCAAACGCCUAUCACCAGUUGGAGCUCGACGAAGACAGUCGAUACAUCACCACAUUCUCAACGCAUGUCGGUUUGAGGCGUUAUAAGCGGUUGUUAUUUGGGGUGAGUGCAGCAUCAGAGAUCUUUCAGAAAAAAAAUGCUGACUUGUUGUCUGACAUUCCAGGUGCGAAGAACUUGUCUGAUGAUAUUAUCAUUCAUGGAAAGUCACAGGCGGAGCAUGAUCGAGCUUUGAAGUUAACGUUAGACAGGCUUAGUAGCAGUGGUGCAAAGCUGAACAAAGAAAAAUGUAUUUUCUCUGUCAACAAGAUCACUUUCUUUGGGCAUGUUUUCAGCAAUGUUGGAAUUUCAGCGGAUCCAGCAAAAAUCAAAGACAUUGUUGGUCAGGCAGCCCCACAGAGUCCAGGUGAGGUCAGGUCGUUCCUCGGUAUGGCCCAUUAUGUUGCUCGGUUCAUACCGCACUAUGCAACUUUAACUGAGCCUUUGAGGCGACUUACAAGGCAAGAUUUGCAGUGGUCAUGGUCCGAUCACGAACAAACAUCUUUUGAGAGUCUCAAAUCUGCACUCUCAAGUGCACAGGUGAUGGUAUAUUUUGAUCCAAACAAAUGUACCGAAGUUCUUGUUGACGCAUCCCCUGUAGAUGUAUCUGCCAUACUUACUCAAGAAGGCAGAGUUGUCUGCUAUGCAAGCCGUGCCUUAACUGAUGUUGAACAACGGUACUCACAAACUGAUCGUGAAAUGCUAGCUGUGGUAUAUGGUGUCGAGCACUUCCAUGUGUACCUAUUUGCAUCUGAGUUCAAGGUGAUCACCUUUUACAAACCUCUUCUUGGUAUUGUUCACUCUCAGAAACCAGCUUCUGCUCGUAUGGAACGAUGGCGUCUACGCCUGAUGCCGUACCAGUUUGUCUUGGAGUAUCGUCCUGGCAAGACAAAUCCUGCUGACUACAUGAGCAGACAUUCACAUGACAAGCCAAAUAGGGACAAUGCUGCAGAAGCAUAUGUUGCUUACAUAAGUCAGCAUGCAGUCCCAAAGACCAUGACCUUAGAAGAUGUUAGACGUGCCACGCAAGAGUGCACUAUUCUGCAACAGGUCAUGAUUGCGAUUCAAAGUGGUAGAUGGUGGGGUAGCCCAACUCUUACACCAUUUGUUCAAUUCAGAGACGAGAAUUCUAUUGUUGAUGGAGUCAUACUGCGUGACCAUCGUUUGGUCAUUCCCGCCUCUCUGCAGCGUCGUGUUGUUGAACUCGCUCUUCAUACUCACCAGGGUAUAUUGAAAACCAAGCAGCUGAUCAGAGAGAAGGUAUGGUUUCCUGGCAUUGACAAACUAGUUGAGGAUACUGUCAGAGCUUGUGUUCCAUGUCAAGCUUCGUAUGCAGGGCCAAGUAAACGUGAACCUGUGAGCCCAACAGCUCUCCCGUCGAAACCUUGGUCCGAAGUCGCAAUGGACUUUGGUGGUCCUUUUCCAUCCGGUCAAUACUUGCUUGUUGUUAUUGAUGAACACAGUCGGUUUCCGGAGGUUGGGAUUGUAUAUUCAACGUCUGCAAAAGUUGUAUUACCUAGGCUGAGUGCCAUAUUUGCACGCCAUGGUUAUCCUGAUGUUGUGAAAUCUGAUAAUGGUCCACCGUUUCAAGGACAUGAGUUUGCAGAUUUUGCUGUGACGUGUGGUUUCAAGCACCGAAGAAUCACUCCGUUAUGGCCUGAGGCCAAUGGAACGGUUGAGCGAUUCAUGGGCACUCUAAAUAAGUUUGUCCGUGCUGCUGUUGCUGAUAACAGUGAUUGGAAAACAGAUAUUUCCAGCUUUCUCAUGCACUAUAGGGCCACACCUCAAAGUGCUACUCAAAUAUCACCCUUCGAGGCACUGACUGGUAGGAAGAUGAAUGUAGGACUCCCAGAGAUUCCUAAACUAGAACCAACUUCUGUCCCUACAAGCCUGUCACACAAUGAUGCAGUUAGUAAGGCCAAGAUGAAGGUGUAUGCAGACAAGAGAAGACACACCACCCAAUCUAAUCUGUCUCAAGGUGACCAUGUCUUAGUCAGUCAGCGCAAGCUAGAUAAGCUUACACCGCCUUAUAACCCAGACCCGUAUACUGUCAUAGAAAAAAGAGGUAGCAUAGUAAUAUGGUCGUGA